CUACUAGGAAUAAUGUUAUUAUUGUAGCAGAAUGCUGCUGUUUUCAUCUGAAUAUUACAUAUUAAAUAUUGUUUGCAUUUUCCCUUACCUCAUUCACAUAGUUAAGGUUUGCGUGUGUGUGUGUGUGUGUGUGUGUGUGUGUGUGUGUGUGUGUGUGUGUGUGUGCAGGAGACUAUGAGCAGUUACAACGGUAUUUAGCUGCGUUUGUUGCUGUCAAAUGUGAGCAGAAAGAUGGCGUUUUAACACCUGUACAUGUUAAUUAUUCGCAAUAUUGCGUAUUUUAAUGGGAUUAAUAAGCGUGGCUGAACGUAGCCAAACCUCCUGGACAGCCGGCUCGCUCUAACAGAAAUGGCCUUUCAUGGCUCCGCUCGGCCCGCCGUGUGUGGAAACUUGUUCCCAGCUUCGGAUUUGGGCCACAAAUAUUUCUGUGUGAACAGUACAGGGAGUACCGCAGCCUGCAGCGGCUUAAACGGCUCCCAGAACCCAGCCGGGCCCAGUCAGCCGGUCGAGACACCACGACACCCGUCGAAUAUCGGAGGGAGCACCGGCGGAGGAGCAGCGGUACCUCAGCCUCACAGCAGCCCGGCCAGCGAGGUGCCGUGUCCGUCCGAGAUGGAGCCAGACAGGCCGAUCGGUUAUGGAGCGUUUGGUGUUGUCUGGUCGGUGACGGACCCUCGGGAUGGACGGAAAGUUGCUCUCAAAAAAAUGCCUAAUGUCUUCCAGAAUCUGGUCUCCUGCAAGCGCGUCUUCAGAGAGCUCCGCAUGUUGUGCUUCUUCAAACAUGACAAUGUGUUGUCUGCUCUGGAUAUUCUGCAGCCUCCACAGAUUGACUGCUUUGAAGAGAUAUAUGUGAUCACAGAACUGAUGCAGAGUGAUCUGCACAAAGUUAUAGUCUCUCCACAGCCUCUCACCACAGACCACAUAAAAGUGUUCCUCUACCAGAUACUCAGGGGCCUGAAAUACCUGCACUCAGCUGGAAUUCUGCACAGAGACAUUAAACCAGGGAACCUGCUGGUCAACAGCAACUGUCUCCUCAAGAUUUGUGACUUUGGGCUGGCUCGAGUUGAAGAACCCGACUCCUCGCGUCACAUGACCCAGGAAGUUGUGACGCAGUACUACAGGGCCCCUGAGGUUCUAAUGGGCUCACGCCAUUAUGGGUCAGCCAUAGACAUCUGGUCUGUGGGCUGCAUCUUUGCCGAGUUACUGGGUCGGCGAAUCCUGUUUCAGGCCCAGAGCCCUAUUCAGCAGCUGGAUUUGAUAACUGAUUUAUUGGGAACUCCUCCACUGUCUGCCAUGGUUUCUGCAUGUGAGGGUGCUCGAGCGCACAUCCUAAGAGGACCUCACAAACCGCCGUCACUGUCUGUUCUAUACAUGCUGUCAGACGGAGCCACCCACGAGGCUGUUCAUCUUCUGUGCCGCAUGCUUGUUUUUGAUCCAGCUAAGCGGAUCUCUGGCAGCGACGCACUCUCUCAUCCAUAUCUAGAUGAGGGCCGCUUGCGGUACCACACAUGCAUGUGCAAGUGCUGCUACUCGGUACCCAGCGGCAGAGUGUACACCAGGGACUUUGAACCUGCUGCAGAGAGGCCCUUUAGCCACAGCUAUGAGGAGAGCAUGCUUUCUGUCUGGCAGGGCAAAGAGCUUAUCCACCGUUUCAUCACUGAGCACCAGCAGGGCAAAAGAGUGCCUCUGUGCAUCAACCCUCAAAGUGCAGCCUUCAAGAGCUUCAUCAGGUCCACUGCUUGGCAUUCCUCUAAAGUAUCGAGGAAAGAAGAGAGAUGAGCUGAGGAGGUCAUUAUAGGAGUCAUGGGAGAUGUAGACGACUACAGAAGCAUGCUUGUGCUCGAGAUGAAUGACUGUUUACAUUUGGUUCUUGUCAGAUUAUGUAGGUUUGAAUGCCUAGGCCUGGUGCUAAGUUUGGCACAGGAUGAACAUCCUAACAUUGUCCAAAAAAAACCCCUACAGUACCUAAUUCUGUAGACAUUUUUUUCAAUAGUGACAGUCCAAUUAUGCUGCUGCAAACAUUUUAUACUGACUGAGUUUGAGGAUUACGAAUACUGAAUUUCCGAAGAAACGCCUUUUCAUGGACUGAAGACAGAUAAGCGUUGAUUAUGAUGAUGGCACAUAUAUAUGUGUGAUUGUGUGUGUGUUGAAGUCCCUCAAUGUUGUGCAAUACCAAUAUCUGGGGGGAGGUUUCAGUAUUUGUGGGCUUCAACUGCCAUUCAGAAUUGUUCUUAUGUUUUGUCAAAAGUCUUAUUUGUUAUUUAACUGUUGUUGCAGUAAUUAGUUUUUCUAAUUUUGCAAGCUUUUCUUUUAUUUCCUGUAACUCAACCAUAUUUCCAGUAUUGCAUUGUGUCAUACAAAUAUGGGUUGCUUUUAAUUUUAUUUUAUUCUAUACUUUUUUUAUAUAUAGUUAUGCCACCGAAUUCUAUGUCACUGAAUCGUAGAUUAAGAUCACAUCAAUGUGUAGGUUCUUUUGUAUGUCUGUGUACCUCCCCUAAGCAUUAUGUGGAAGGGUUUCAAAAUCUUAUUUACUUCUUGUAAGCUGAACAGCUUUUUUAAGGUUAGGUAAGAGUGUUCUUGAUCCGACUGUGUAAUUGAAGCUAGAACAUGCACACUUGAGUGAUGCAUGAGGUAUAUGAGCGUGUGUGUGUGUUUGUUUGCGUGUGUGUUGUUCAGGAGUGGAGAGCGUUUAGGGGAUGUGCAGUUUUGUGCUAUUUCACAUUCAUUACCUCACAUAAACCCACUGUGCACUGGCUGAGUGUACUCAGACUAAACCCAACUAUUAACCAUGUACUGUACAGGGAUCUGUGCUAAUCACUGAACCACUAUCCCUACAAAUCCCCUUUAUCUGUCUGUCUCUCUCCCUCCUUGCUCUGGCUGAUGCACAUGUCUCAGAUUGCUUUUGGAGGAAAAUGCUGCUGUUCAUUUGAUUGACGUUUUCACUUCAGUCAUAUCUAGUGUUGAGCUCAGGUUUCAUAUCGCAGACUCUGCUGUAAACACACAGGGACUCGUAUCCGGGCCACAGCGGCCCUCUCUUGGUGCUGUGAACUGAAAAGGCCCCGUUUUGCUCUACCACCUCGAGACUCGUGCCUGUUGGCCACCACUAGGUGGUGGUGAGCACCCAGAGCACUGCUGGACAGACACCGUUCUCAAGGACGUCUGCUUAAAACGUAUCCACACGUGGAUAAGGACUUUGCUUAGGGAUUCUCACUACUUCAGGAGUCCAGUGAUCUUACAAACCCCUUGUGCUGUUAUUUAAUUUGGUCAUAGGAAGAUAUUUUCUUAAAUUAAGUUUUCCUCCUCUUUUAUGUUGAUGCGUUGUGACCAAUUGAAUUUAUUAUUUUUUUCUUCUUUUUUUUUUCUUUUCUGCCUUUUUGUUUGUUUGUUUUUGUUUUGUAGUUUGACCACUUGGCUAUUGUGUUGGUAGAAGAACUAGAAGUAUAGUGACAUGAAAAGAACUUCUGUCGGUCUAGGAUUUCUUGUACCGACAUCUAACUACAACGUGAGAAUGUUUUAGUUAAUGGUGAGAUUUGCGUUAGUCAUGAGCUCAUAGAAGUUAGACGUUUUAUGAUGGAAAAAAAAGAACUUGAUAUUUGUGUUGAACUAUUAUGGUUAGUAAUAUCAAACACUUGUUUCAAAAGAUGGCUGUUUUGUUUUUUUGUUAUUUAUUUUUUGUCAUUUUAUUGAAAAUGUUUUUGAACUUUGUGUUUACAACAGAUGCUUGAAAUUUUUAGGGAAAAUAAGUGGUUUAGAGUGGAACUGUCAAUAAAGAGCGAACACUGGAGACAAAGUGCCAUGUCAACUGAA